GUAGUGUUUGUUAGGGUGCAGUCUGCCCAGGGAUAUCACAUGGGACGAUACGCCUGUAUCAACAACAACACCAAGGAGCACUCCUCCAUCUACGUCUUUGUGAAAGACCCCCAGAGUCCGUUUCAGCGUUCUAUGGUGAACGGCAUUCUGGUCCGCGUCGGGGAGAACCUGACUUUACCAUGCCUGGUCACCGACCCUGAUGUGACCCCCGUGACCUUACAGACCUGUGACUUACAACCUUUACCCUCCGACCUCCAUUACCACUCCGACCCCCAGCGCGGCAUCAUCAUCGGCAACGCCAGGAAGGAGUACGAGGGUUGCUACGUAUGCUUGGGAGAGCUGGCAGGUGCCACCGUGAGGUCGAGCCAGUAUACUGUGGACGUACGGCUAGUCCCUGAGCAGCCUCCAGUGAUCCGUCUGUCCCAGAGAGAGAGGGUGAUCCUGAGGAGAGGAGAGCAGUUUGAGAUCACCUGCAGCUCCUCCAACCUCAACCCUGACUUCAGCAUUAAGUGGGAUUUCCCUGUUGGAGCGCGUGCCUUCCAGGCCCACACCUCCCCACAUCCUGGCUGGUUCCCCGUGGUUACCAACGCUCCACCUCCCUCUGGAUCUGCCUCUGUCAACCAAUCCAGACACCGGGACAUGCACCGUGCCACGCCCACAACGAGGAAGGCGCCACCGCGAUACCCUGCACUGGAUGUCCGUGAGCGAGGCUUCAUCAGUAUGCUGGGUGACUCCCGGCCUAGCCAGUCUGCUGUCAGAGAAGGGGAGAGCCUAAGCCUCAGGGUAGAGUUUGAGUCUUACCCCAGACCAGGCACUCUGUCCUGGGCUUACAAUGGCAAGACCCUCCACAACACCACGGAGCACGUCAUCACUGCCCAACGACACCGAUACAGCUUUAUAAAGAGAUAG